CAAUUUUAUUCAAUCUUUGUUCAAUCCACCGCCGUCAUUUAACCUUCUACAGUGCUGUAAUUUUGUUUUUCCUGCGCUCUCUUUCUCUUCCUUCCUUUAGCUCAACCCUUCUAUAUUCGCCUACUUCAUCUCUGACAUUGGAACUUCUAUCCCCCUUGGUCAGGGUUACUUGCGCAGUGCGAAAGAAACCCUGCAGCUCGUAUUAUUGUGGUGGUAGUAGUAGUAGUAGUAGUGGCAGUAUUAUAGUAGCGGCGGCGCAAUUGCUGAAGCCAAGCCGUCGGCAUGGCGAGAACGAAACAACCCAACCCGGUCGAGCGCACGCCGUCCUCGGAAUAUGUCACGAAGCGAAACGGCACGCCGGCCAAGAGAACCGUCAGUUUCAAUAUAGCCGAUCAAGCCAAGUCCAAUGGCAGCGCGCCGGUCAGCAAAAGUCCGGUCGCGCCGGUAGAGACUGAGAAGCAGGAAGCCGGCGUGCUACAGCUUGUCAUUGCUGUUGCCGGCAUAUAUGGCUCGUUCUUGACGUGGGCCUUCCUGCAAGAACGAUUGACGACGACCCCGUACGGUCCCCAAGGCAAGACCGAGGUCUUCAAAUAUCCCGUCUUCCUGAACACGAUCCAGUCCCUCUUCGCCGCGGCCACGGGCGCCAUCUAUCUAUACUUCAGCACACCGCGCAACUCUCCCAUCCCGCCCGUGUUUCCUUCCCAGCGCAUCCUCGCGCCCCUCAUCCUCGUCGCCUUGACCCAGUCGCUCGCCUCGCCCUUUGGCUACGCCAGUCUCGCCCACAUCGACUACAUCACCUUCCUGCUCGCCAAGUCCUGCAAGCUGCUCCCCGUCAUGUUUCUGCACAUCACCUUGUUCCGCAAGCGCUACCCGCUGUACAAGUACCUCGUCGUCGCAGCCGUCACCGCCGGCGUCGCCGUCUUCACCCUGCAUUCCGGCAAGAAGUCCAAGAAGCACGCGACGCCCGAACACGAGCGCAACGUGCCCUGGGGCAUGCUGCUCCUGUCCAUCAACCUGUUGUUCGACGGCCUCACCAACAGCGUCCAGGACUGGAUCUUCACCUCCUUCAGGGGGUACACCGGCCCCCAGAUGAUGUGCGCCAACAACAUCAUGAGCACGGCCGUCACGGCUUCUUAUCUGGUCCUUAGCCCAUACCUGGUGCAUACAGGCGUCGGCGAGUGGCUAGGCAUGGACGUCACGGGCAGCUCUGGCGAGUUGAGCGAGGCAUUGGGCUUCAUGGCUAGACACCCGUCUGUCUGGACCGACGUGUUGGGCUUUGCCGCCUGCGGUGCCGUGGGACAGGUCUUCAUUUUCUACACUCUCUCCACCUUCUCCUCGGUUCUCCUCGUCACCGUCACCGUUACGCGCAAGAUGUUCACCAUGAUCCUCUCCGUCGUUGCCUUCGGCCACAAGUUGAGCCAAAUGCAGGUCCUGGGCGUCGGGCUGGUGUUCGGCGGCAUCGGCGUCGAGGCCGGGAUCGCGCGGCAGGAGAAGAUCACCAAGGAACAGGCCAAGAAGAAGGCCGCCCUCGAGACCAAGAGUAGAUAGACGAAAGCCAACAUCCCGUGAGGCCAAAGAUUUGUUCAGGCUUGCAGUUAAUACUAGGGGGUUUUUUUUUCUUGUGUAUAUGUAUAUAUGUGGAAAGACACCAGAACAAAUGAUAUCCCCUCAGAAUUUCGGAAAGCAGCUGAACACAAGUUGAAAUAUGCAAACUUUCAUGGCGAGCGAAUGUGAUACUAAAUCGGGGGGGC